GGGCAUACCAAUCUACCAAAUCAUGUCCGUUAAACACCAUUACUCCUCCUCUCCCUCCUUCCCGGCUUGCUUCCGCCCUUCUACCACAACCGACAACCACCAGGACCCUCCGCCGCCGCCCCCGGGGAAGCCGAAUCUCACCACAUGUCUCUACGAUACCCAACUAGGCCUCUUUUCCCUUACCUGGUCUCGCACCUUCCUCGGCUACUCCCUCCACCUCAACCUCCACCCUGCCGCCCACUGCUCCUCCCCUCUGUCCCUGCCAAAUUCUCUUUCAUUUUCGCUUCUCCACUUUCACCUCCACAUCAAACCCUUCCUCUUUUGGAAAAAACAGGGGCGUAAAAAACUGGCCGCCGCCUCAAUCCCUAAUGCCUACAUCUUCUGGGACUUAUCCCGGGCUAAACUCGGAUCUGGGCCCGAACCCGAAUCGGGAUUCUACAUCGCCGUCGUGGUCAAAGGUGAGAUGACACUUGUAAUCGGGGAUUCUACCAAACAGGCUUUUUCCAGGACGAGAGCUCAGAAGCCCCCGAGGAGCCAAGUUCUGCUCUUGAGAAAGGAACAUGUGUUUGGGAACAGGGUUUACACUACGAAGGCAAACUUCGGGGGAAAAAACAGGGAGAUUUCCAUAGAUUGUAGGGUGAAUGAGGAUGCGAAGCUCUAUUUCAGCGUCGAUAACAGGAGGGUUUUGCAAAUUAAGCGACUGAAGUGGAAAUUCAGGGGUAAUGAAAAGAUUGAAGUUGAUGGGGUUCCGAUUCAGGUCUCCUGGGACGUUCAUAACUGGUUGUUUGAUCGGGAUUUGAACGGUGGGCAUGCCGUCUUCAUGUUUAAGUUCGAGAAUCGCGGCUCCGUUGAGCAAGAAGAUGAAGAUCGGAGUUUCGACGAGAAAAACGGCUUGGUCUUGUGGCAACAGAACUCGGGUAGCUUCAGCAUGAACCCAACAGAGUGGAAAAAGAUGAGGAAAAGCAGCUUCUUGAGGUCAACGAGGAGUUCAUCUUGGUCGUCCAUUUCUUCGGCGUCUUCAGGGUGCAGUUCCUCCGUGAUGGAGUGGGCCAGCACGGAGGAGAACGAGCUGAGCAGCCCCAGUGGGUUCUCCUUGGUAGUCUACGCCUGGAAAAAGUAAAGAACUUUCCAUUUCUUCCAUUGAUGAAACCUGAAUCCUCUGUUUUCGGGUAAUGUUGCAAUUCCAUGUCUCACUAACCCAUUUGUUCUUGAACAUAGUAGAAUCAAAAUUCUAGAGAAAGAGCUAAAAACCAUAGAAAGAGAGAUAUAUAGAUUAGAUCUAACCCAAUUCAGUUCUUGAUCUUCUUCUUCUUCUUUUUUUCCUUUUUCCUUUUCCUUUUUCCUUUUUUAAAUCACUGUAAUCGAAAUUAUUAGCAGUAGUGAUCAAAUCUUUGAUUUAGAUUGUGAAAUUAAGAGGAAGAAGCAAUGAAAAUUCCAUUCUUUCACUUCUGUUACACAAAAUUUUAGCCUGUCUGAUUAAUAGCUAUAAAAACAGGGGUUGUACUAGGUUGGGAAAAGAAACAGUUGUGCCCUUGAACUUAGAUAAAGUUGUCAAGUAAGCCUCUACAUUAAAUUUGUUACUAAAUAAGAACCCGACUGGUAUAAAACAGUGAUAAAGGGACCUUUCCAAGGAAAAUUUUUUAAAUUAAGUUUCUACAUGUGC